UGCUUUUUCACGACUACUAGCGAGGGCGCUUUAGAGACUCCUAACGCACUCUACAGAGCCUGUAUCGUUCUCCCUCCAAUUUGUGUAGAUAUCAAACAAGCAUGAAGACUUCUGGCCUUUUUUUGGCGUGUAGCAUAACUGUAAGUGCGGUACCAGGGUCGGCUUUUGUCUUUCCGACGAAGCAACAUCCGAAUCGGUGGACAAGCUCGAAGACGAUCUCGUCGGCCCUAUAUACUUCAGCGUCGACUGUUUUCAACACGACCGCGACAAUUGAAGGGAACAAACUCGCAAUAGAAAAGAAGAAGUUGUUAGCCCUUUUGAAGUCGACGGAACCGUUCGAGGACGCCGUUUUGGCAGAUCCCAUCACAAAGGAGAGCAUCACGAUUACUGCCAAGCCCGUUACCUUUCUUGGAGGCGAGUCGUCUUCAAAUAAUCGUCGUCGAAUCAAGUAUUUCAUUGAAUCUGCCAGCAACAAGUUUCAGGGAACGUCCGAUACGUUUAUUGACCUAUUGGAGCCGAUUAAGCCGGAGGAAUUGACGUCGGCACCGGACUCGACUUCUUCCGAUGCGCUCGCACGCAAUUUGAUUCCGUUUAUUCCUCCGCCACUACGCUCCGCAUUCGCGACUGCUGGUUUUCCCAUGGGCGAGGACUAUGUUCCAAUGCGGGACUUGUUCACAUCCCCCGUCGUCAGUGCAGCAUACGAACGGGGAUGGCGACAAGGUUUCGCCCAAGCUGGUUUUCCUGGAGCAGACGAUGAGGCGCAGCUUGCCAUGGACUAUUUCGCCCCGGUCAUGGCUAUGAGUGAUACCAAAACUUUGGUGGAUAUGAGCUGUGCUACCGGCUUAUUUACCCGUCGUUUUGCCAAAUCUGGCAAGUAUGCUCGUGUUUUGGGAUGUGACUAUUCUGCAAGUAUGUUGAACGAAGCGCACACUCGGAUUCAGGCCAACCCCAGGCUGAACGGAAAUCGCAACACGCAACUCGAUUUGAUCCGCCUCGAUGUCGGACAAAUUCCUAUGAAGAACGCUUCGGUAGAUUGUUUGCACGCGGGGGCCGCGAUGCACUGCUGGCCCGAUUUACCGGCGGCCGCGGCCGAAAUUUACCGUGUAUUAAAGCCAGGUGGUCGCUAUUUUGCGACAACGUUCUUGUCGUCCUAUUUCGGCACCUUGCAGCAGGCCGAAGGUGGGGCCAAUGGACCAUCGCGACAAGCGUUUCAGUAUUUCGAAUCAGUGGAGCAGCUCAAGAGCUUGCUUGUGGACGGAGGCUUUGCGCGCGAGAUGGUUUCGAUUGAAGUUCUAAGUCCCGCUUGUGUAGUUAUUCGAUGCGAAAAGACAAAAAAAUAGGCUUCAACGAUUUUGGUCCACUGCAUUAUAGUAUCGACUGUCGUUGCCACACUUUUAAGUCUCCCGUACGGAUGCUGCCCUCACGACGCCGCGAUCAAUAUCUCUCCACGCAAUUGGAAAUUCGUGAGACCAGAAUGGCUCCUCAAUGCCAUGGUAGGAUAGCAUAAUUUUGCGAAACUCGCUUUGUUCAGAGGCCCAGAAGUAGUAACUAUC